AUGGCUCAUAUGAGUCUCGAGCAGCCAGCCAUCACUAAAUACCGGCUGGUAGCGAGUACAGGUGCCCUGGGCUCUUCCCCCUUGCGUCCGCAGAGGUCGCGGAUGGGCUGCAGCCCCAUCUGGAAGGGAGGCGAGCAAAGAAGAGCGCCGCGUGCGACGAGAGGCGGCGGCUGUUCCCACGGAGGAGGGUCGCUGCCUGAAAGGAAAGCAGGCAGGGCGGCGCGGGGCUUCCUGGGGAAGAAGCUGCAGGGAGACGCAACUACGGAGGAACAGAAGGGUGUGGUGGUAUGCAAAGAAAAAGAGGGAACUGACAACGGGAGAAGAGGUCCUUUCAUUGUCCAAGUCAGGACCAUCAGGGACUUUUUGACUGAGGAUGGCCCAUCGCACCUUAAGAUGGAGUCAGAGGAUGAAAUACACCAGUGCUGGGACUCUCAAAGGCAGGAACUCUUGAAAAGAGCAGCAAGGUUUCCCGCAGCACCAUCUCUUUUGGAAGAAGAUGACAAAGAUUUCCUGGCCUCCUUGGAGAGAGUCAAGGAGGAUCUGCAGGAGGAGAGCUCUGGGAAGACCAGAGGGGAGGCUGUACCCCAAAGAGACCCGAACAUCAGUGGGAAAGCUUGGAUGGGUAGGGAAAAGCUGGAUUUCUGCAUGAAGGUGAAAAUGGAAGAGGAAGUUGAUCUGGAGAGCCAGGGGGCCCUACACCUCAGGCAGUUCAUCCUUCAGGAUGCUGAGGAGGCACCCCAAGCCCUAGAGGACACGAAGCUAAAAUCUCCCAAAUUAGAAGAAGAGGCCUUUGAGAUUGUGAAGGUGAAACUUCCCUGAAGAUAAAUCAAGAGAAUGAUGGGGAGGCCGACUCACUAGGUGAGGAUUCAGAAUCAUUGCAAACAUUCAUGGAGUGUUUGAGCCAAGAUAGUUCUCUCUUUUUGAAACCCAGGGAAGUGCCAGCAUCUUGUGGGAAGAUCUGAAGAAGUAGAUGUUUGGAAUACUCCAAUGAAAAGAGUCAAUAAAUUAUUUUUCUUGUUUUCUGGGAUUUUAAAGAAAGCCAUAAAUCCAACAGGGGCACACAGGUACUCAGGAAAUAAAGCCAACAAAUCUUUCCUUACUGAAGAAUGUGAUCAAAACUAAAAUGAAGUCAAUUUUCAGUGUGGGGAAAAAGAUCAAAAUUAAGAGGAGCUGGAGAUGGUGUGCAGCCAUCAGUGUUCCAAAAUACUCUUAACAUGUCGAUGUUAAAGCAUAAGCUGAAUAAAUGCUUACACUUUUAUAAAAUUAAUAGCCCUCCAUUAUUCAACAGGGGAGCAUUCCCUCAAGAAUAUAUAUAUAUAUAGCUGCUCAGAACAUGGGAUGUUUCAGUUGGAAAACAAACCUCAUGAAGAAGAUCCAUAGAAGCACAGAAGCCAUAUAAAAGCCACAAAGGUUUCAAUGCAAAAUUUGAUUAAACAUAAGAAGUCCUGCACAGGAGAGAAGUUCUAAAAAUGCACCGAAUGUGGAAGAGCUUUUGUGGAAAAGGAGGUUCUGGUCAAACACCUGAGGAUUCAUAUGGGAGAAAAGCCACAUAAAUGUUCCAGCAGCAGAAAAUGUUUAUUGGGCAGGAUGCCCUCAUCCAACGCAACAGGAUCCAUACAGGAGAGAAGCUGUAAUGAAUCCUCAAGUUUGAGACAAGUUUCUGGAUCAGCUGCCCCCUUAACUUCUUAAAAGGACAGACACAGGUGAGAAACAACAAGUGUUUGGAAAGCUUCAGUGGGGGAAUGUUACUGGUGAAACAUGAGAGGAUCCACAUGAGUGCAAAAAUCUUACCAAGUGCUCCAAGUGUGGGCAAAGCUUUUGAACCAGUUUCUAGUUGAAAACACACAAAAGGACACGCAGGUGAAAAGUUGCAUCAGUGCUUACACUGCGGGCAGACUUUUAGUUAAGAGGUCAAAACUCAUGAUCCAUAUGUGGGCCAUACUGGAGAGAUUCCGUAUCCUGAGGUGUUGGAAAAGCUUUGUGUCUAGCACAUUUAGGAAGCAUACCCAAGCUAGAAAUCCCAUAAGUGCUCAAGCUGUGGGAAAAGCAUCAGUAAGAAAUCCAACUUGGUGGCCCACGAGCGGAUUCAUACCAAAGAGAAACCACACGGCUGCUCCUUGUAUAAAAAAGAUUCUGUAUUUCUUCCAUGUUUCAUAAACCCCUGAAAAUCCACCCAGGAGGGCCAUCCUUAGAGGGCAGGAUUGGUGUUCAGACCUAACAUGCAGUCUUAGAGAUUGUGGAAAAUAUCCAGGGAUGAUACUAGCACUGGAGUGAAACAGCAGGCGUCACAAAGGACGUUGGUAGCUUUUAAAAAUAUUGACACAUUACAGUGUUAUAAAGAAGUACUUGUUUCACACUGGAAUUCUUUGUUCAAUCUCUCGGAUCGCAGGCAGGUUAGAAAUGACCUUUUUCUGAAAUUUUGGUAGAGGUAGGCCUCGACUUAUGACCACAACUGAGCCCAAAAUUUAUGUUGCUAAGUGAAACAUUUGUUAAGUGAGUUUUGCCCCCAUUUUACGACCUUUCUUGUUAAGUGAAUCAUUACAGUGGUUCAGUUAGUAACAUUGUUAUUAAGUGAAUCUGGCUUCCCCAUUGACUUAACUUUUCAGAAGGUCACAAAAGCGUGAUCACCUGAUCCUGGGACACUGCAACCGUCAUAAAUAUGAACCAGUUGCCAAGCAUCUGAAUUUUAAUCAUAUGACCAAGGGGACUCUGCAACGGUCAUAAGUGUGAAAAAUGGACAUAAAUCACUUUUUUCAGGGCCAUUAUAACUGAACAGUCACUAAAGGAACAGUUGUAACUCGAGGACUAGUUGAGACGGACACGACUAAAUAGAUCAGGGGAUCAAUAUCUAUAAGAGAUGUUACUCUGUGUAAUAUCAGGCACAACCUUCCUGAAUACGUUUGUGGUGCAUUCCUGAAUAUAUUUGUCCUCUGUAGAGGAUUUGGGAGAGGAACUGUAGCCUAACAGCAAAACUUAUUCAGUAGGGAAUCUUUGGGUGGCAAAAAGCGAUUUUUUUUUUUCUAAAAGUGCCCUCAUAGGCAUUUGAGCUCUGGUGAUGUAGUGGUUAGCAUGCAGUAUUGCAGGCUAACUCUGUCCACAGUCUGGAGUUCAUUCCUGACGGACUCAGGGUUGACUCAGCCUUCCAUCCUUCUGAGGUUGGUAAAAUGACCCAGUUUCUCCAUAUUGGGAGAAAUAUGCUGACAUUGUAAACCGGUCAGAGAGUGCUGAAAAGUGCCAUGGGGCGGUAUAUAAGUCUAAUUGCUAUUGCUAUAGGCCCACACCCAUUCCUCUCCUUCACCAUUUUAUCGAGGCCUGCUCCUACUACACAUUAUCCGUCCUGUGAUUAGAUGAGACUGUACGGUUGUGACUUUUUUUGACUACACCCUGUUUUCCGUGAAAAAAGUUAGCAGUCCUAAUAUGCUUAAAAGUUUCUAAAAUGAAACUAAGGUUUGUUCUAAGAGCAAAACUUGUUAAACUUGUAAAAAUGUUGGAAACAGACCUAUAACCACAAUGUAGUGCUGGAAAUAUAUUUUACUGUUUUGCUGCAUUGAGUUUAUAGGAAAAAGAAUGUACAUUGUAGAAAUAAAAUUAUCGUUACUGCUGUUCAAGAAAUGCACACUCUCAUUCUCU